AUGAAUAAAGUAAAUUCAGUGGAGGCGGAGUCGUUGGGGGUAAAGAAGAGAAAGUCAACUCCACCGAUUUCUAGUGGACAAGUUAAUAAUAAGAAAGUGAAAAUAGAGGAUCAACCACAAACUCAAACUCAAACUCAAACUCGAUUAGCAUAUAGUAUAACACCAGAAGAUAAGAAUGGAAAUGAUGUAGAAGAAGAAUCAGUAGAAGAGAUAGCGAAACAGUAUAAGAAGUUUAAGAAUGCUGCCAAGUUUGAUUUAAAUUCCGAAGAAUUGUUUUGUAUAUGUCGUAAACCUGAUAAUGGAGAGAUGAUGGUUCAAUGUGAUGGAUGUGAAGAAUGGUUUCAUUUCAAAUGUAUGAAAUUAAAACAAGAGAAUUCUAAUUUAAUUGCUAAAUUCUUUUGUAAAUUCUGUGAUUGGCAAAAUACUGGUGUCACAUUAUGGAAGAGAAAGUGUCGAGUUUCAUGGUGUAAAGAUCCUAUUCGGAAUGAUUCUAAAUAUUGUUCUGAUGAACAUGGAAAAUUAUUUAUGAAAGAACUAUUAGUGGAUAAGAAGCCAAUCACUGAUCAUGACUUAGCUUCAAAUAAGAUUAAAACCAUUAUGGAUCAUUCAGGUUAUAAUUAUGAAGUAUUAAUUAAUUUGGGUUCGCAAUUUCCUGAAUUAGAUAUAGUGAAAGAGUAUAAUGAAACUAAUGGAGCUAAUAUAGAUAAAUUUCCUACAGAAACUAAGCAAGAACUUAAUUCUAUAAAGCGAAGAUUUCUUAAAAUUAAACAACUCAUAGAGAAAUUUGAAAAAAGAGAAGCAUACUUGUUAGAGAUUAAAGAAAAGAAUAAAUCACUUAACGAUAAACUUUUACGAGCAAUUUAUCCUGAAGUUAAGACUGAAGAUACUACAUCAACUUCAGGUAAGAAGAAAAAAUCAUCUAAAAGUAAAAAACUAGACAUAUGUUUUCAUGAUAAACUGUUGGAUAAAAUAUCUACAGAGAAGUCCAUAAUAGAUGAAAUAUUGACAAAUGAAGAUCAAUUCAAUAAACUUAAAACGACUAUAGAGCAAAAAAUAAAUGAAGAAUCAGAUGAUGUAUUAUAUAAUGAAUUACUUUGUAUUCAAGAUAGGAAGAAAUGUCCUAGACAUAAUGGAUGGUGGAACUUAUUAAAUGAUGAAGUUACUAAAAAGUUAAUUGAAUAUAACCAAACAUUAGAUAAAUUGGAAGCUCAAAAGAAGGCAGCCUUAAGGAAUUAUAGUAUUGAAAUCUAUGAUAAUUAG